AUGGCAGCUCUGCCCGGGACGGUGCCUCGGAUGAUGCGCCCGGCUCCGGGGCAAAACUACCCUCGGACGGGCUUCCCGCUGGAAGUUUCCACCCCGCUGGGCCAGGGCCGGGUGAACCAGCUCGGAGGGGUGUUCAUCAACGGUCGACCGCUGCCCAACCACAUCCGCCAUAAAAUCGUGGAGAUGGCCCACCACGGGAUCCGGCCCUGCGUGAUCUCCCGGCAGCUGCGGGUGUCCCACGGCUGCGUCUCCAAAAUCCUCUGUAGGUACCAGGAGACGGGCUCCAUCCGUCCCGGAGCCAUCGGAGGCAGCAAGCCCAGGCAGGUUGCAACUCCUGACGUGGAGAAGAAAAUCGAGGAAUACAAACGGGAAAACCCCGGGAUGUUUAGCUGGGAGAUCCGAGACAGGCUCCUGAAGGAUGGGCACUGCGACCGGAGCACUGUGCCCUCAGUGAGUUCGAUUAGCCGUGUGCUACGCAUCAAAUUCGGGAAGAAAGAGGAAGAGGAGGACUGUGACAAGAAGGAGGAAGACGGGGAGAAGAAGGCCAAGCACAGCAUAGACGGCAUCCUGGGCGACAAAGGUAACAGGCUGGAUGAAGGCUCUGAUGUUGAAUCUGAACCAGACCUGCCUUUGAAGCGCAAGCAACGCCGCAGCCGAACCACUUUCACCGCUGAGCAGCUGGAGGAGCUGGAGAAGGCCUUUGAGAGAACCCACUACCCAGACAUCUACACACGGGAGGAGCUAGCUCAGAGAACCAAGCUCACCGAGGCCCGAGUUCAGGUGUGGUUCAGCAACCGAAGAGCGAGAUGGCGCAAGCAGGCGGGAGCGAACCAGCUUGCAGCUUUCAACCACCUGCUGCCGGGGGGAUUCCCACCGACAGGAAUGCCAGCCCUCCCUCCGUACCAGCUGCCAGACUCCACCUACCCAACAACCACCAUUUCCCAAGAUGGGGGAAGCACAGUACACAGACCCCAGCCCCUGCCACCAUCCACCAUGCACCAGGGAGGACUUGCUGCAGCCGCCGCUGCCGACACUGGCUCUGCCUAUGGGGCCCGACACAGCUUCUCCAGCUACUCAGACAGCUUCAUGAAUGCUGCAGCUCCUGCCAACCACAUGAAUCCUGUUAGCAAUGGCCUCUCUCCACAGAAGCAGGGUGCCCAAAACAAGAUGCAGUGCUCCAGGUGGAACCUCACCAUAGCCUUGAACAAUCAGGUGAUGAGCAUCCUGAGCAACCCCAGCGGGGUUCCUCCACAACCCCAGGCCGACUUCUCCAUCUCUCCCCUUCACGGUGGCUUGGACACCACCAACUCCAUCUCUGCCAGCUGCAGCCAGAGGAGCGACUCCAUCAAGUCUGUGGACAGCCUCCCAACUUCCCAAUCCUACUGUCCUCCCACCUACAGCACCACCAGUUACAGCGUGGACCCAGUGGCUGGCUACCAAUAUGGACAGUAUGGACAAACUGCUGUUGAUUAUUUGGCCAAGAACGUGAGUCUGUCCACACAGCGCAGGAUGAAGCUGGGAGAACAUUCAGCCGUUCUGGGCCUCCUACCAGUAGAGACAGGCCAAGCUUACUGA